GCGUGUUGGUCGAGCCGCCUCGUCGAAAUCGCGAGCGCGCGCGUAUAUCUGUUGAAGUGGCUAUUGCCGUGAAGGCCGAGCUUGAAACUUUUUCAAUUACGGCGGACCGAUCGGGCCGAUAACGCAAUAGUGCAAUAGACACGCAUCGGCUUUUUAUGCACUAGUCAGUCGCAAGCGGACGUCUCAUGUGCUCUGGGUUACAAGUUCAGGAGUGCGAAGAACUGUUGCGAAGGUCGGUAAGUGUAAACCAUGUGGCGUGCGAUACGAGUUCGCGAGUUUAGUUGGAAUCGCGCGCUCGGUGUAUUUGGGUGAUUUGCGGGUGGACAUCCCCAAUAUGUGGUAACUUAUCGAGACACACGUGUUAUUGUUAAAAGUGAAAGAGGCGCCAAAACAAGGAGGACAAGUAGUGACGCUGGAUACUGCAGAAGUGUAAUUGGUGACGAGCCUGACGCAGUUUUCAUGCAAAUCCAGCUACAACACCUUCGUUAUUUGCAUAAUGGGAAAUUACAAAUCGAGCGCAUCAUCAACGACGACUAGUAAGGAUGGGCCGUCGUACGCAAGCGGUAUGUUUUCGUUGCUGCACAAGACUUGGAACGGGAUUGUAUACGAAAAAUGGAUGCGAAGACGUGACAAGUGCGAGUCGCAAGACUGCAGUGAUGAUUACUUUUCGCAAUAUUCGUAUUGUUCGUGCACGAUAUGCCAGAUGCAUGAUGAGUUUAGCAGUUGUUAUUCCAGUAACCUCUUUGACACCGGAAGUGUAAACACCAUGGCGCCGAAUUCGGAGGAAUCCAGGCGCAUCGCAACAUUCCAAUGGGGCGAAGAAACGCUCACAAAGGAGAAGCAACGCGCACCGAUCUACAAUCCGGAAGACUAUGCGUUGUCUAUUAAAAAAUGGGGACGCCGUCCUAAUAUGAAUCCCAAUAAUGCGCCUAGUUUGUACAGCAACAUCAACAUUUCGGCAGACGUGGAGAAACCACAGACUGGCUCUUACCGCGACUACCGAAAUCCAAUGCUCACUUCUAACGGCAGCGAAAUGACUCUACGCCAGUUCGGCACGGUGACCGAACUCCUGGCCAAGUUGAAGAAUGAUCUACGACUCGCUUAUCCAAGUUUCAUUCAAGAAUUUGUUGCGGAACCGCUUGAUGGCGUCACCUUGCUAUUGGAACUUUUACGCGCGAUACAGUUAAGUCAAUCCAACAAUGCUCCAGGCUCAACGGGUACCACCGGGAAAAUUUCGCCGGCAAUUCAGCGCCGUGCACUUUUGGACGAACUUACUUGCUUACAGUGCUUACUGUACUGUUGUAUUCGAUAUUCGGAGAGUAUUCGAAAACUCACAGCUUCAUCGGCCGGUUUGUUCACAUUGGCGGUGUGCAUCAUGAGCAACGUCAACAAAUCCCGAAUAAUUGCCUUGCAGUUACUCACAAAGUCUUGUGAGCCAACAAGCAACGGCCAUUCGUCCGUGUCCGAAGCAUUGUCUACACUUCGGCUGCGGUUCGGCGAGCCGGUGAGGUUUCGCUUCUUAGUGGGCAUGCUCACCUCAGCGGGCGGACACGGCGAGCUAUUGUAUACGGGAAUGAAGUUCUUGAACACGUUCCUUGUUUCAUCCGGAAGCAUCCAGCGUCGAUUGUACAUUCAGGCGGAAUUGGAACAGGCCGGAUUUGAUCUCGCUUCCAUUAAAAAAAAUAUAAGUAUUAACUCCCCAUACGCUGAACAAAUCUUCAGCGAACUGGACGAUUGGGAAAAACAUCUCAUUGAUGCAGAAAGUCUGACCAUCCGUUUGGAGGACUUAGAAAAGGAGAACGACUCAUUACGAGACAAAGUACUUCUUUUAGAGAGGCGCGUGCAAAUUCUACAGGAGGAAAAGGGGAUUUUAAUUUCAUUGGAGCAGUGUCUGAAAGAACGAUGUAGUGAGCUACAGGAUGAAGUCAUAUCGCUUAAAUCGUCGAGUAAUCUUUCACUACAAAAAACUACAUUGAGUAUCACUCAUAAAGAUCAUUCCGCGCCUGAAGACGAAGGCAUAUCUUCAUCCGAACGCAGCAUCACUCCCGAAGAGCUGGAAAGAGAAUCAUCAGUUUAUGAAAUUUGUAGUGUACAGAAUGAAACUUUGGAAAUUGAGAAAGAAUCGCCGGUUGACGAUCCUGAAGACGAGCAUAUAGUCGACGAGGAAGAAACUACUAUCGAGGAAGUCAUCGAAGAACUCCAGAAUAUCAUAAAUGAUGCAGAGAGUGAAGAUUACAAAAAGCAGAUGCAGUCCAGUCAGCGUUUGAAUCAGGUACAAAUUGAAGAGGCGCAAGCAAGAAGCAAAAUCCAAAUGCGUGUUGAUUCCAAUGUUUCAAUCGAUGAUUCCGUCAUCGGUAGCGAAUGCGAGAUUGUACCUUCAAAUCUGCAUCCACAACCUCCGCGAAAAACACGAAGCCUUGUCCAUUUGUACAUUCCCAACGAGGACUACUACAACAAGGAGAUAUUUUUUGAUGAACCCACUUUUACCAGCGACGAAAGUUCCGAUUCUCUGCUCAGCGCGUCCAAGUGUCAACCCUCUCGUGCAAACAAAGAACCAGAAGGUAUUUCAUCUGGCAGGCAACUUUACAAUUCCAUGCUCGAACCUCUCGAACACAAAACCUACUUAAACCACGAAUACAAGUCAAAGUCUUUAGAUCGCGUGGGCGAUGGUUUGGAUGCAAUGGUUGACAUUGUUGUUACCGAGAAGUUUGAUCCAAUGGACGCGCAGAAUUUAAAAAGUGAUUCAGGGGUCAGUCGUAGCACCGUCGACGUGUGCAGGAGCAACCGCCAUUCCACCGCAAGCAAUCAGUAUGAAAACCCAAAAAUGUUUCUACCCACGCAGAAAGUGGACGAACAUCGCACGCCGGAAAGUCGCUAUUACUUUCCACGGAUCCAAGAGAAGAAGGCGAACAACAGCUUCCACAUUAAAAGGGGUCAUGGCAACGCGGGAAUGUACUCCGGGCAGAAUUUAUCUCUCAGCACCAUUGGAACGAAAAAGUCAGAUUACAUGACGACAACAGGAAGCCGAAACUCAUCGAGUAAGUUAACGGACUUUCCAUCCGGCUUGUACUAGUACCUACAUACCAACUUGCUAGUGAGUUGCAAAUUAGCUGAGGUUAUUUUUUUUAUUAAUAUUAAUAUUUAAAGAAGUACGUGUAAAUUGAGUUUUUUCUUCAAAUAAUUAUGUGCAAUACUAUUUAGUUAGCGUUAAGUUUAAUGUAUCUUAUGAUUAUGAACAUAUCAUUGAUGCUGUAGCUUUUAAUGAAUUUGUUUUUAUUUUAUACAAAUAUGACAAAUGUUGCUGUAAUCUUACUUGCUAUUGGAUGGUGGAUCCUGUUGGUUUUAUGUUAUGAUCUCUGCCUACCGUUUCUUUAAUUAUGUGUUAAAUAUAUCUUUACAAAUAUAUUAAA